AUGGGUGUUGACGGUGAAAAGGAAGAGGGAGAGGAAGAAGCAACAGAAGAAGAAGAAAAGACGAUGUGUUAUGCAAAGAAAACAAGUUAUAUAGAGGGGCGGCGACUUCUACCCGCGGUGAAUAUCUCUUUCUCUACUGCAGGUUGGAGUUCCCGCGGAAAGGCAGCAAGAGGGAAGAUGCAUAUCACGACCGCUCUCUAG